UUGUCUCUUUCGACGCACCUCCCUUGUGCAGUCACCGAAUUAUAUUUUUUUGAUUGACGCAGUAACGACCACGACCCUACCCCCUCUACCUCUCUCCGACCAUGUCUGAGAAAGAAGCAGUCGCCCCGGUACAUCACCGGAAGAACCAAUUCUUUGGUUUGACGGGUGACAAUCUCAUCCGCGCCAUUACCAUGACCGCUACGAUAUCGUACACCCUCUUCGGUUACGAUCAGGGUCUCAUGUCCGGUAUCAUCACUUCGGACCAGUUUAACACCGACUUCCCACAAACGAAGUCGACUGGUUCCACCGAUGUCCACCACGGUACUGUUCAAGGAACAGUCGUCUCCAUCUAUGAAGUCGGCUGUUUCUUCGGUGCCCUCGCCACCUUCAUCUGGGCUGAACACCUCGGACGGCGGCGAACGGUCCAAAUUGGCUGCGUCCUUAUGGUACUUGGGACGAUCAUUCAAAUCACCGCUAUCCGCGGCGCACACAAUUUCCUGCAGUUUAUGAUCGGUCGAACAAUCACUGGUAUUGGUAACGGCGCCAACACGUCAACUAUUCCGGUAUGGGUCGCAGAAACGACGAAAAGUCAUAACCGUGGUUAUCUCGUGUGUAUGGAAGCCGCUAUGGUCGCUGGUGGCACCGUCAUUGCGUACUGGGUCGACUUCGGUCUCUCCUACGUUCCCAGCAGCGUCGCAUGGCGUGUUCCCAUCGCUCUCCAGAUUGUUUUCGCCGUCGCUCUCUUCGCUGGUAUCUCAGUCUUGCCCGAGUCUCCCCGUUGGCUGCUUACUCACGGUUACGAAGAUGAGGCUGGAGAGAUUAUCGCAGCUCUCAACGAUGCACACCUCGAGGACGAGGGUACCCAGCGUGAUAUCCGUAUUAUCCUCGACGGUAUCCGUGCCGCCCAACAGGCCAGCGCCGGCGUCACGAACAAGGAUCUCUUCCACGGCGGCAAGAAGCAGCAUUUCCGUCGUAUCCUCAUCGGCGCUUCGAGUCAGAUCUUCCAGCAGCUCGGUGGUUGCAACGCCGUCAUCUACUAUGCUACCGUUUUGUUCGAAGACACCAUCGGCCUCGAGACCCGUCUUUCCCUCAUCCUCGGCGGUGUCCUCUCCAUCGUCUACGCUCUCUCCGCCUUCACCGCCUUCCUCGCCGUCGAACGUUUCGGCCGUCGUACUAUGUUCCUCGCCGGUACCUGGGGUCAACUCACCGCCAUGGUGAUCAUCUUCGCAUGCCUCAUCCCCGGAACCCCAGGUCCCGCCAAGGGCGCCGCGUUCGGUCUGUUCUUCUACAUCAUGUGGUUCGGCUCGACUUGGUUGCCUCUGCCCUGGUUGUACCCCGCUGAGUUGAACCCGUUGAGGGUGAGGACGAAGGCGAACUCGAUUUCGACGAUGUGUAACUGGAUCUUCAACUUCUUGGUCGUGCAGGUGUUGCCGACGAUGACGACUUCCAUCGGUUGGGCCACCUUCUUGAUCUUCGCCAUCGCCAAUGCCAUCUUCAUCCCCAUCAUCUACUUCUUCUACCCCGAAACCGCCGGCCGCACUCUCGAAGAGAUCGACAUCAUCUUCGCCAAGGCCCACGUCGAGGGCAAGAAGCCGACCCACGUCGCCAACGACAUGGAGAAACUCACGCAGACCCAAGUCGAGCGCGUCACCAACGCGCUCGAUAUCCACAACGUCCGCGGUGACGAUCUCGAGAAGGGCGGAAACCCCGCUGGAAAGCUCGCCAGUGGAGACUCGACGCCGAGUGAGACGAGUACACCGAAUGCGACGGGGUCUUGAGGUGUUUGAGUGAUAUUGAGUGAUCUGUUGAGUGGAUAGGAAAUGAAAGGAAGUUUGAUCUUUUUUGUCUCGAUUUCUUCGGGGCCGUCGGGUUUUUCGACGUGCCUCGCAUACAUACCCUGCUGCUGUAUCUCCCACAUUCAUCUUCCAUCCGUCUGACGCCCUCAUGCAUUCCACUUUUUGCUUCAUCCUCAUCCACCUAUCUCCCUUCUCUGUCAAUUCAUUAAUCCAUUCUAUGAUGCAAGCAACACCCUCUAUCCUGAUCACCAACCACCUUCGCAUUCUGAUGAUACUUAUUCGUUUCGUCUAUCCGCCUUCACCACCCCUGUACUUAUAAUUCGCCGUCUUGGCACUCCAUCUCAAGCGUCGCUCCAUGGUCUCACGAACCCAAACUUACUUGCGCAUCGGCAUACGUACUGACUGCUCGCAUGAUUU